AAAUUUCGAUAACGAUAUAAGGAAAUUGACCUCUAUAUGUAUGCGCAAUCGUAAAAUUGACAAAAUUUAAGUUUGUUUGGAAAUCUUUGUUGAAAUGGCUUCUGCAGGAAAAAAGGGUAAAAAAAAUAAAGGAACAGUUAUUUCUUUGCAAUCGUUUCUCUCUAACGCUGAUACACCUGUCGGAACCACGCAAGUCUCAAAAAAAAUACGAAAUUUAGAUGGCGAAGACAGCGAUGACGGAAGUAGUACAUUGCCGUUAGUUUAUCAGCUACCAACAGCUCCACGCGCAAAUAGGAUAUUUGAUGAUAAUUCUAUUCCUCAUAAAGCCCCGUUUAUUGCUUAUAUAAAUAACUUACCAUUUGAUGCAAAUGAAGAUGAUCUUUACGAGUUUUUUGGGUGUAUUAAUUUAAUUUCUCUGAGACUACCUCGUGAAGAUGGCGAAAACGGUCGUUCAAGGGGCUUUGGCUAUGUUGAGUUAGAAAAUCGAGAUGAUUUAAUUCAUGUACUUAGUUUGCCAGAUCCAUCUAUUAAAGGUCGUCGCAUUCGAAUUGAGCUAUCCAAUGAAAACGAUCAGCAAAACCGACAAAAGAACCGGCGGUUUGAUGGCUUUGGUAAUAGUGGAGAUAAUAGAGACUCUGGCAAUUGGAGGCGAGAUAGUCAAAAUAACGGAAGUAGUUUUGGAUAUCCUUCCAAUUUUGACAGAAGCUUUAAUAGAGAAAGAAAACCAUUACCAGAAAGGGAGGAAACGAACACCCCUGGAUCAUGGCGCUCAAGCGCUAGACCGCAAUCUAUUAAUUCUUCACCCACUCGGAGAGAUGUUGAAUCUGAAAAAUAUCGUGACGGCCGCGACAGAUUUGCAGAAAGAUAUUCACGAGAAGAUACAUCCAAGUUUGAAGAAAGGCCAAAAUUAAAUUUAAAACCACGAACUCUACCAUUACCAGAAACAAUUAAAACAGAUUUUGAAAAAUCUGACGCCGUGGAAACAAAUGUAGGCAAACAGAGCGGAACAUUGUCAGUGAAUGUGUUUGGCUCUGCAAAACCGGUAGAUACGGCAGCAAGAGAACUUGAGAUUGAGGAACGUUUAGCUCUGGCUCGAAAACAAGAUAAGACUCGCAAAGAAGAGGAGUUUCUAAGUGACAAGCUUACCGAAGUCCAAAUGGAUAAAAAUGAUAACGAAAAUAUAAAUGCAACGAUUAGUUGGCGCCGGAAUCAAGACAAUAGGGAGGACGACAAAAUUAAUAUAUGUCAAGAUCCACAACACCGAUAGAAGCGGAACUAUGAUAAUGCCAAUGAUACUCAACUCUUGGCUUGUUUUGUGUAAUGGUCUUCAAUCAUUGUUAAAGAUAAUUUUCUUUAAAUUAUAGGAAAGUUAUAAUGUAAACAUGUAAGGAGUCAAUGGCCUUCUAUUUUAAAAAGUCAUGAAAGGAUACAUUUAUCAUUCGUUGGACUUGAGUCUGAUGAGAAACCUACAAUAAUUUGAUCAUCAACUUCGAAAAACUCGAAUUCAGAAACAAAUGUGGCUAAUCAUACAUUUAUUACCCAAUAUGUUCAAUAUUUUACCUUUUUUUGCUUAAAUGACGUUCGGAUCCUUCUUGAUAAUAUAGAACCACGGUUUUUAUUAUUUCAAAAGGAACAUAGCCCUACUAUUAAUUUAACCGGUUAAAAUUAAUCCUUAACUAAAAAAAAUUGUUGUUUAAAAAAAAAUUUCAAAAUGGACCGAUUUUCUUUUGUUUUUAAUUAUGUAUAGUAUAAUUUGAUUAUAUAGUCAAAAAAUGCAUGUACUAGACAAGAGAAAUAACAAUAACAAUUAUUCAAUGAUUAAAAUAGCUCAUAGACCAAAAUUUAGCAAUAAAAAAUUGUUCAUUAACACAAAAA